UUAAAAAUAGUGACGAUGACCUCUCUAAUAUUAUUAAAAGCUAUGUUAUUCGCCAAGGCUGUACAGAAAAGUAAAAAGCAUAAAAAAGAAGACAAAUCAUGCAUUGAAGACAGUGACUUGAAAAAUAUGUGCAGAAUAUGCUGCUCAGAAAAUGGAAAGAUUGCUAUAUUCAAUAAUAAAAAGUAUCCAAAUAUGCCUAAAGAUAUAACUCAAUUUUCAGGAGUAGAUGUAUGCAAAAAUGAUAAUUUUCCUCAACAUAUUUGCCAUGGAUGUCUUAAAUUAUUAAAUGGAUGUAUUAAAUUCAAGUAUAUUUGCAAUUUAAGCCACAAGAGGCUGUCCGAGAUAAGUCCCAAACAAGAAGCCAUAGAAAUAGUUAAUGUCAAUGUUAUACCCAAUGAAACAGAAGAGUCCUACAAUGUUCCUUCCCCAUCAUUUCCUGAUGAUAAUAUGGAAAACUGGACAUGUACAACAUGCAACAAAGAAUUUCAGGAUUGUUAUACUUAUAAUGAUCACCUAUCGGAAUGUAUGGCAAUAUUAGAUGCCAAGAAAAAACAAAAUGCUGAAAUCAAUAAAAAAGCUUUUCUCUGUGAUAUAUGUGGCAAAGCAACAACAUCCAAUGCUGGUCUCCGUAUUCAUAAGACAAUUCAUGAACAUGUUUUUCCACACAAAUGUGAUCAGUGCCCAUACAGAGGGAAAACUGCAAAUCUACUAAGGAUACACAAGAGAUCACACCUCGUUGAUAAGCCAUAUAAAUGUACACAGUGUCCAAAAGCCACAUCCACAUCCAGCAACUUAGCCAAACAUAUGCGACUUGCUCACACCACUGAGAGGUCACAUAAGUGUACAUACUGUGAAAAAGCAUUUUUUUAUAAACACGACGUUACAAGGCACAUAAGUGAAGUACACCUGAGGCAAGGGAUUGUUGAGUGCGAUAUAUGUUUUAAGAAAUUCAAUACAAAGCAUCUUUUGCAAAGGCACACAAGAAAAAUACAUAAGAUAAAAAGCGAGCGACACGGCCGCUUACCGUCUUACCUACAUUGUACUGGGGAAACAAAUUAGCUGCUAUGAUAGCUGUUUUGCCGCAAAUUUAUUCUUGAUUGACUUGGCUCUUAUUUUACAUUAAUGUGAUCGAUAAGAUACCAAUAUGUAUUAACAACUGUAGCUACUGUACUGUAAUUGUAACUGUAAAUUAAGUGAUUAUUAUUAUUAGUAACAGUCCAUGU